ACUUCUUCGUUUUCUUUUUCAGAUGUGAUGCGUGCGAAAAACAAGAAAUAGUUUAUUUUUUUAUACGUUCGUGUAAAUAUGUGUUCAAAAAGACGCUCGGAAAUUGAAGAUCUCGAUGCGGACUGCAAAAUUUCCAGACAGGAUGAUGCUCGGAUUAUUGAGACACAAGAACUGCCUGGUUUGGCUGCGAGGAUUUUAGCAAUUGAAAAAUUACUUUCAGGACGAUUAAACAGUUUGGAUUAUGGAGAGAAAGUGGAAUACUUGUACAAUCCGAUUUUAUACGCUGAAGACCUUCACACGAAGUUCUUGUCCAAGUUUCUGGUUGGACCAACGGAAGUUUUCUUCUUGGGUAUGAACCCUGGACCUUUUGGAAUGUGUCAAACUGGUAUUCCUUUUGGUGAAGUGGGAAUAGUUAGAAACUGGAUGCAGAUUGAUGGACUGGUUGGGAAACCUGCAAGAGAACAUCCAAAGCGUUUGGUUCUGGGAAUGAGCUCAAAUCGGUCAGAACCAAGUGGGAAACGAUUUUGGUCAUUUUUUGAGCACUUGUGCAAAUCUCCAGAAAACUUCUUCUCCAAGGCCUUUGUUUACAACUACUGUCCUGCUGCCUUCCUGGAUUCCAAGGGAGCAAAUGUGACUCCAGUUGACUUGAAGGUGUGCAUCAAUUAUACUUUCUUGAAGGAUAAGGAAAGUAAAACUUGA